AUGUCGUUGAGUCUUGAUUUUAAUUGGCGAUAUGUAUACUUGAUAGCAAUUGGUUUAAAAUUUGUGCUUGCAUUAUCCAAUUCUUAUAUUCACCCCGACGAACAUUUCCAAAGCUUUGAAGUUUUAACUAAUAAAAUUUUCAACUUCACUACAAUUACACCAUGGGAAUUUUCAUCUGAUACGCCAGCAAGAAGUUUUGGACCUUUAUAUUUGUUCUACGGCCCAUUGUUGUAUUCAAUUAAAUUGGUAGGAUAUGAGGUAAGUCCGUUGCAAAUAUGGUACAUGGCUAGAUUGCAGAAUGUUAUAAUUGGAUGGGUGAUCACAGAUAUGUGCAUCUAUAGGUUAUUGCCUACAAAACCAGAAAGAAUAAAGGGCUUAUUUUAUACGCUGACAUCCUACAUUACAUUAGUAUAUCAAUCUCACUGCUUUUCCAAUAGUAUUGAAACCUGGUUGGUGAUGAUUUGUAUAUUGAUUAUCAAUGAUUUACGGUUCAUUCAAGAGCUGAAUGUGCCAGAAUUACGAAACCAAUGUCAAUAUCAAAGAUUAUUCUGGUUUGGGGCUCUCGCAUCCAUUGGUAUAUUCAAUAGGAUUACGUUUCCGGCAUUCUUAGCUCUCCCAUCACUUUACUUAAUGAAGUUCGUCUGGCACAACAAGACGAGUGCGAUAUUCACUUUAUUGGGAUUUAUGCUUCCAACUAUAGCCAUUGUUUUGCUUGACACGUUUGAAUUUAAUGGUUCCAUAGAUGCCAUUUUAAAGCACCCAUUUGAUUUCAACAGUUACGUGAUAACUCCAUUGAAUAAUCUCAUCUAUAAUUCAAAAGUAGAGAAUUUAUCAAAUCAUGGUCUCCACCCGUAUUACACCCAUUUACUAGUCAAUUUACCACAGAUAUUGGGCCCUGGUUUAUUCUUCAUGGUUUCUAAUUUUAAAAACCAAUAUUGGAGAACUACACCAUUUUUAGCUGUUAUAAGUGGUAUAUCUGUAUUGUCGCUUAUUCCUCAUCAAGAAUUGAGAUUCUUAAUACCAAUUGUACCACUAUCAUGCUGUUGUUUUGAUUUGAAGAAUAUUUCGUCUGCAUCCAAAGGAGAAAGAAUUACUGAGGCACCACCCAUCGUCUCUGUCUUAAUGAAUUUAUGGUACCUUUUCAAUAUUUUAUUAGCAGUAUUAAUGGGGGUUUAUCAUCAAGGAGGAAUAGUUCCAGCAUUGGAUUACUUUCAUAGUAACAUAUUUCAGGAAAAUUCUAGACAAUCAGUCCAGAUUUGGUGGAGAACUUACUCGCCUCCUCCUUGGAUUCUUGGUGACAAGCUAGAUACGCUCCAGGUUUUAACAGUAACAGAUGAUUCUCCUCAAGUUGAAUUAGAUUCUACAAAAUCAAAUUAUUUAAUAGAUACGAUGGGCAGCAACUAUGCACAUGUUUCAAAGUUAAUCGAGAGUUUUAAAGAUUUCAGCGGAUCUAUUUAUUUGAUUGCUCCUAUUGCUUCUAUCCACAAACACAGUGAUAUUAAUAUGCAUCAAGUGUGGAAUUAUACUCAUCAUUUGGAUUUAGAUCACAUCGAUUUUUCUGAUUUUCAAAGUUUGAAGCCUGGGUUAGGAAUUUAUGAAUUAUUAUGA